AUUGGUCUCAUUAUAAGUACAAGGCUCUACAAAGAAAAUGGCUCAAGUUAUGGGUUCGGAUGAUAUAGAGUCUGUGAGGCUUGAGAUGUCAGAGAUAGAAAGGAGUUUAAGACCAACUUUUGGUCAUCAUGAAUCUAGUUUACAUGCUAAUUCAGAAGAAAGUUCUGUGAACAAUCAUGAGGAGUGGGCAACACUUAAUAGAUUGCCCACGUUUGAACGAUUGAGGUCAGCUUUGUUUGAUAAAGAAAUUGCAGAUGGUAACGGAAAGAAGGUGAUUGAUGUCACAAAGCUCUGUUCUCUUGAGCGGCACAUGUUCAUUGAGAAGCUCAUCAAACACAUUGAGAAUGACAAUCUUCAGUUGUUGCAGAAACUUAAAGAGCGAACUGACAGAGUUGGUGUGCAAUUGCCUUCUGUGGAGGUGAGAUAUAAAAAUCUUUGUGUGGAAUUUGAGUAUGAAGUUUAUCAUGGAAAACCCCUCCCAACUCUUUGGAAUUCUUUGCAAAGUUUGCUUUCGGGCCUUUUCAUGAUACCCGGCGGCUUGAAGUCCAAACGGGCAAAGAUACCGAUCAUUAACAAUGUCACUGGUGUCAUUAAGCCAGGAAGGAUGACUCUGCUUCUUGGUCCUCCAGGAUGUGGAAAAACCACUUUGUUGAAAGCACUUUCUGGGAUCUUAAGCAAAUCUCUCAAGGUAAGUGGUGAAGUAUCUUACAACGGAUACAAACUAGAAGAAUUUGUCCCCCAGAAAACUUCUGCCUAUAUUAGCCAAGAUGAUUUGCAUAUUCCAGAGAUGACCGUGAGAGAAACACUUGACUUCUCCUCCCUUUGCCAGGGUACCGGAAGUCGUGCUGAAAUUAUAAUGGAGGUUCUUAGAAGGGAAAAAGAAGAAGGGGUUAUUCCAGAUCCAGAUAUCGACACUUUUAUGAAGGCAAUAUCAAUCAACGGACAAAAAACAACUCUUCAGACAAACUAUAUCCUGAAGGUUCUUGGACUUGAUAUAUGUGCUGAUACGAUAUUUGGAGAUGCCAUGAGGAGGGGAAUCUCUGGUGGCCAGAAGAAGAGAUUGACUACAGGGGAGAUGAUUGUUGGUCCGGCAAAAGCUUUAUUUAUGGACGAAAUAUCUAAUGGAUUAGACAGCGCAACUACGUAUCAGAUAAUCUCUUGUCUUCAGCAGUUGGCACAUAUAACAGACGCUUCUGUGGUCAUUUCACUUCUUCAACCAGCACCAGAAGUAUUUGAUCUCUUUGAUGACAUUAUGUUGAUGGCAGAAGGAGUCAUUAUUUAUCAUGGGCCGAGAAGUGAUGUAUUAGAGUAUUUUGAGGGUUUUGGUUUUAGGUGCCCUGAAAGAAAAGGCGUUGCCGAUUUCCUCCAAGAGGUUGUCUCAAGAAAAGAUCAAGCAAAGUAUUGGUGCCGAGUUCAGCAAGGGUAUAAUUAUGUUUCAGUACACACCUUAUCAAUGAUAUUUCAAGAAUCUCAUUUUGCAAAAAGUUUAAAUGAGGAUAUCUCCAAACCCUUCACGAGAUUGCCGAGCCACGAGAAUGCCAUGUCCUUCAAUUUGUACUCUCUUUCUAAAUGGGAUCUUUUUAGAGCAUGUUUGUCUAGGGAAAUUCUUCUUAUGAAGAGGAAUUGUUUUGUCUACAUGUUCAAAUCAGGCCAGCUCUUCAUAAUUGCAGUAAUAACGAUGACUGUAUUUUUGGGGACUAGAUUGAAGGUUAAUGUCAUUGAUGCGAAUUAUUAUCUUGGAACGCUCUUCUUUGCGCUCAUAAUUCUUCUAUCCGAUGGGCUCGCAGAACUAUCGAUGACAGUUGGACGACUUCCAGUUUUUUAUAAACAAAGGGAUAUGUACUUCUAUCCUGCUUGGGCAUAUGCAAUUCCUGCAUCCAUUGUUAAGAUUCCGGUGUCAAUGGUGCAGGCCAUUAUCUGUACAUGUCUCACUUAUUACGUUAUCGGAUACAGCCCUGAACCAGGGAGGUUCUUCCGUCAAUUACUGCUGUUAUUCAUGAUGCACGUUCUGUCAACAUCUUUGUUCCGCUUCAAUGUAUCAGUAUUUCGAACCGUGGCUGCUUCUACUGUUGCGAGCAGUAUAUCAAUAUUGUUUAUGUUAUCAUUUGGUGGCUUCAUUUUACCACACAAUUUAAUGCCAGCUUGGCUAAAAUGGGUAUUUUGGGUUUCUCCACUAUCAUAUGGCGAAAUAGGCCUUGCAGUGAAUGAAUUUCUUUCUCCCAGAUGGAACAAGAUGAUGGCUACCAACACAACCAUAGGACUACAAACACUUAAAAGCCGUGGGCUAGAUUUUGAUGCAUACUAUUUCUGGAUAUCAUUUGGGUUCUUGUUCGGUUUUUCACUGCUACUCAAUAUAGGAUUCAUCAUAGCUUUAACCUACUUAAAUGCUCCUGUUACUCGUGCCAUCAUUUCAAAGGAAAUGUUAUCUCAAAUACAAAGAAGAGAAUUAUCCAAACAUCAGAGUCACAAGGAUAACAUGGUUAAAAGUUCCAUUACUGCUGUCUUGGAGCCUAAUGAAGGAAGAAUAUUAUUACCUUUCGAACCGCUAACAAUUACCUUUCAAGAUCUACAGUACCAUGUUGAGCCCUCAGUGGAAAUGGUAAAUCACGGAUUCACUGGAAAACGAAUCCAAUUACUUAAUGACAUCACCGGCGCUUUUAGACCUGGUGCUCUUACAGCAUUGAUGGGUGUAAGUGGUGCUGGUAAAACAACACUUCUCGAUGUUCUUUCUGGAAGGAAAACCAGUGGCGUUGUUCAAGGAGAGAUUAAGAUUGGGGGGUAUCCUAAAGUCCAAGAUACAUUUGCCAGAAUUUCGGGUUACUGUGAACAAACUGAUGUACACUCACCCCAUAUUACAGUUGAAGAAUCAGUCAUAUUUUCUGCUUGGCUCCGUCUUCAUCCCGAUAUUGAUACAAAAACAAAAUACAGAUUCAUAGAAGAAAUUAUGGAAACAAUUGAGCUUAACGCAAUAAAAGAUGCCUUAGUUGGCAUUCCUGGAGUUAGUGGUCUAUCAACAGAGCAACGAAAGCGACUCACAAUUGCUGUGGAAGUGGUGGCCAAUCCUUCCAUUAUCUUCAUGGAUGAGCCUACGACAGGACUGGAUGCUAGAUCAGCCGCCAUUGUCAUGCGGGCUGUGAAAAAUAUUGCUGAUACAGGAAGAACAAUUGUAUGUACCAUUCACCAACCAAGUAUUGACAUAUUUGAGGCCUUUGAUGAGUUAAUCCUAUUGAAAAACGGAGGGCGCAUGAUCUACUGCGGGCCACUGGGUCAUCGUUCAAGCAGGGUCAUUGAAUAUUUUGAGAGAAUUUCUGGGGUGCCAAAAAUCAGAGACAGCUAUAAUCCGGCAACAUGGAUAUUAGAGGUUACUUCGUCAUCUGUGGAAGCUGAACUUGGAGUUGAUUUUGGACAAAUCUAUGCCACCUCAACAUUGUACGAGAGUAACAAAAACAUCGUAAAUACAUUAAGUAAACCACCUCCUGGUUCAAAAGAAUUGUAUUUUCCAACACGUUUCCCACAAAAUGGUUGGUGCCAGUUCAAGGCCUGCAUAUGGAAGCAACACCUGUCAUACUGGAGAAAUCCUACAUACAACUUGAUGCGUCUCUUGCUCAUGCUCCUGGCGUCUUUUAUUUUCGGGUUUCUCUUUUGGGGCCAUGGGAAUAAUAUACAUGACCAGCAGAGUCUAUUCAAUAUCCUUGGUUUGAUGUUUGCUGCUGUAUUUUAUUGUGGGGCAACCAAUGCCUCUUCAGUUAUACCGUAUGUUUCCACGGAGCGAACUGUUGUGUAUCGAGAAAGGUUUUCAGGAAUGUAUGCAUCAUUGGCUUAUGCUCUUGCACAGGUGACAGUAGAGUUCCCUUAUCUCUUUGUCCAAUCACUUGCAUUCCUCUGCAUCACGUAUCCUAUGAUCGGAUACUAUUGGUCAGCCUCUAAGGUUUUCUGGUACUUCUAUACAUUCUUGUGCACAUUAAUGUAUUUCACCUAUUUGGCAAUGCUUCUCGUUGCAAUGACGCCAAGCUUUCCGGUAGCUGCCAUUCUACAAUCUGCACUUUACACCAUAUUCAACCUGUUUGGUGGAUUCAUAAUUCCCAAACUGAAAUUUCCCAACUGGUGGAUUUGGCUGUACUAUCUAACUCCAACCUCAUGGACGCUUAACGCAUUACUUACUUCUCAGUUUGGUGAUUUGAAGAAGGAGAUUGUAGUUUUUGAGGAAACUAAACCCGUUGAAGCGUUCUUAAGAGAUUACUUUGGGUAUCAUUAUGAUCAAUUACCACUUGUGUUUGUUCUUCUUGCGUUAUAUCCCAUCGUUUUUGCUUCUUUAUUUGCAUAUUGUAUAGCGAAACUAAACUUCCAGAGAAGGUAAAUUUGCAGUACCAUUCAUGUA